AUGGAAAGAAGAAGAUCAGUUGAUAUUUCAGACAAGGAUCUUGAAAAAGCUAUCUCCACAAUCGAAGAACUAAACGAAAUGAUGUAAAAAAUAUAUAGAGACCAUUUAGAGCAACAAAGGGUAGAGCAAGAAGAAAACGGAGACUACUUAGAAGCUGACAUUUCAUAUCACAGGAUCUUACAGCUACGGAAAACAGUUGCUGAAAAACAAAGGUCAGCCUUAAAAUCCCGUCAAAACACUGAAAUGAUUGAAGUCGAAACAAAUUAUUCAAAAGAGUACUCAGACUUAGUCCAAGCAUGGCAGAACGCUUUUUCCGACUAUAAGCAGGCAUGCAAAGAAACUGAAGCUUCAUUAAUAGCAAAGCAGGAAACAGAAUUCGAGGAAGAGAAAAAAAGACUUGAAAAUACAGUUCCUAUGAUCCCAAAGCAUUCACCUGAGUAUUCUUUUUUAAAUAAUAGUAAUUUAUCAAGCACAAUAUCUGAUCCUUUUUUUCCUAAAAAAUUGUUUCAUUAGAUUAUUAUAAAUUGGCUUAAUUUCAAAAAAAAAAUAUUUAAAUUUAUCAAAGAUCUUGCAGACCCUUGUAAGAAAUAAAAAUUAUCAAGAAGCUCACCGAAUAAGAAAUCAGCUAAAUAAUUUGGACUGUGGAAAAUCAGAUGAGUGGCAAGAAGAAAGAUCCAGGAAAAUUGAGCUGAAAUUAGACUGCAUUAGAAGAAGGCAUGAAAAAGAGCUUGAAAAUGCAAAACAGAAAGUAAGAUUAGGAUUUGAAGAGUUAAAAAAGAAGCAGGCAGCAGAAUUCGCAGAGUAAAUUUUAUAUAGACUUACGAAGAGAUACCAGAACUUAAAGAAGUCGCUCACAAAUCAGCAAAAACUGCAAGCAAAUAAACUGAAUGAUACGACUAAAAGACGUGGAACAAUGGAUGUGCAGAAUUUGGCUAGGAUGCUUUCAAAAUCGAAUUUGACGUCAAGAAUUAUAUCCAGAGAGGGAAGUAAAUUAAUAUAA